AGUCAAUAUACCCUUAUAUCAUGUCCUCGUUCCCCAGGCAUCUUGCUGAACUCUUUCUCAUUGUUAUUCGACAUCGUCCUUUGUUGCAACCACGUUCGUUUAUUGGCUCGAGAGUCGGAGACCCUCGCCGUCCAUUCUUUAUUCGCUGUGCGAAGUUGUCGUACAUCCAGUCCUUUGUCAAAGUCAUUCUUUUAUAGCAUUCAGCAGUCGAUCGUUUCCGGAAUCUCGACUUCGAUUCCUCCUCAGCCUCAGCCGCACCAGCACGCAAAAUGUCUGUUCUUCUCACUACAGGCCUUGUGGCCGCUCUUGCUGCCUCGCCGGUGGCAGCCUUCUGGCGGCUACCGUGCAAAUCCCCCAUUGUCGUUGAGCGUGCCGACCCUAUUGUUAGCCCCGGUGUUGUGUCUGGCCACUUGCACACGAUCAUGGGAGGAAAUGGGUUUGAUUUCACCAUGGACUACAACUCAACCCAGCGGUCUACUUGUUCUUCUUGCACAGUGACUGGAGAUUUCAGCAACUACUGGAUUCCAGCCCUGUUCUACCAGCACCAAAACGGGACCUUCGAAAGCGUCGACCAAGUCGGUGGUGCCACCGUGUAUUACCUACAGCGGGCUGGCGACGGAGAGACUCUGAAGGCAUUCCCUCCUGGCUUCCGCAUGGUUGCCGGAAAUCCUUUCAAGCGAACUGGAGGCGAUGAUUUCGCGACCCAGGCCAUCAGCUACAACUGCCUCGAUUACAAUGGUCCAGCCAAGCCAGAAACCCCCAACUUCCCCAACUACAACUGCCCCGAUGGGCUUCGAUCCCAAGUCUUCUUCCCAUCUUGCUGGAAUGGAAAGGACUUGGAUUCUCCAGAUCAUAGCUCUCACGUCUCUUAUCCCGCCAAUUCCUACAACUCUGGUCCAUGCCCAGCCGAUUUUCCAGUUCAUCUCAUCUCCAUCUUCUACGAAGUCAUCUGGGACACUGGCAAAUUCGCCGACCAGUGGUAUGGGAACGAACAGCCCUUCGUCUGGUCCAUGGGUGACCCUACCGGUUAUGGUGGCCAUGGUGAUUUCGUCAUGGGCUGGGACCCAGAUUUGCUCCAGUCCGCCGUUGAUCGAUGCACCAACGACAGUGGCCGUGUUGAGGACUGCCCGGUUUUUGACCUCAUCCCUGACGCUCAGGCUGAAGGUUGCCGUAUCGAACCUGAAGUCGACGAGCAAGUUAGCGGUCUGCUUUCAGCCUUGCCCGGCUGCAACCCCGUUCAACCUGGUCCCACGGCGACUCCUCAAUCCGGCUGCGGCGCGACCACCACCAUCACUCCCUCUAACGCAACCUUUUUCACCGACCUGACCAGCCAGGGGUGGGCAUAUAUGGGAUGCGGAACCGACAACUACUACAACCGUAUUCUGACCGGCGCGAGCGAGUCCAACGGACAAAUGACCAACGAGAACUGCGUUGCUUUCUGUGAGAGCAAAGGCUUCUCCAUCGCUGGUUCUGAGUAUGCUGAUGAAUGUUAUUGCGGCAACUCCAUUCCCGAUAGCGGCAAGCCUGUUCCUGGCGUUGUCGGAGACUGCACCAUGAGCUGUGCUGGCGACGACUCCGAGUUCUGCGGUGGUUCAGGGACCAUCUCUCUUUACCAGAAAUGCUCCGGCGACUCAUGCACAAACGCUCAGUUCGGUCCCGGUUCCUCAGCCCCCGUCCAGGUUGCCAACCCUCCGCCAGUCGCCUCGUCCUCUUCUGCUUCCGCCCCCGCCUCCGCUGCUCCUUCAUCGACAUCCUCAAGUGGUCCUUACACGGCACCAAGCUCUCCUACAACGCUUGCCACGGUCGCGACCUCCAGCGCCGCGGCCACUCCAGUUUCGCCUGCCGGAACCUCAUCGUCCCUGUCUUCACCUGCUUCUUCCGCGACGCCAUCAACACCCUCUACGCCCUCGGCAUCAAACCCAUCCUGGUCCUACACUGGCUGCUUCACCGACACCGUCAACCCGCGAACCCUCCCGCAAUGGUCCAACUUCAACGGCCCCAACGUGUCCAACGCUGCUUGCGUCUCGUUCUGUGAUUCGCGCGGAUAUACCGUUGCAGGCACCGAGUAUGCCGGGCAAUGUUUCUGUGGAAACGAGAUUACCACUCCAGUGUUGGACGAGGGUAGCUGCAACAUGGCAUGCACUGGCGCAGCAGGGGAGAUGUGUGGAGGACCCGGUGCGCUCAGUGUAUGGACGAAGAGCGGUUCGGGCAGCAAGAAGAUGGCGAAGAGGCAGCUGCUCAACUACAAGCCGUGGAGGAAGAUGAUGAAGUAUUGAGAGCCUUCGUUGCUAUUACUUCUGGGAACUUUCCAUUCAGUGCUGCUUCGAGGGGUGACUGCCACUUUGUCAGUUUCCACCUGUGAGCGGCCUGUCUGCUGUGUGUUGGAUAUUAUCAUUCUUACCAUUCUUCGCUUCUGAUAGUGUAUAUAUUGAUCCUUGUAUUCCAAAUGGACGCUCAAACAUGGGCAUCUGCAGUCUGAGA